UGGUUUGGGCUUCAGGAGAGUUUAGGGUGCUCUAGAAUUCAACCCAGUGUUCUAUCUUUGGUGAUUUGCUUUAAUUUGUUCUCUGUUCUUCUUAUUUAUUGAUUCAAAGCAUGAAUAAAAGGAGAAUCAGAUCUUGUUCUCAUCAGCUAUCCUAGAUUUUCUAGUAUUUUUGUUGACAUUAGGGUUGAAAGCUAGAAGUUAUUCCGAGAUUUUAGCGAGCUAAGAAAAUUAGUAUCCGAGCCCAACUCUCACCUUCAAAGUAGCUUUAAAAGAGCUUAAAAAUCAUACUUAGCAUUCGUCAGAUGAAAAUGCAUACUGACUUGUUGCCUGAAAACUGUGAACUAAAUUUUGCCCACUUCGGACUUUAGAAUGCUCGUCCGUGAAUUCAACAUAACACGCAAAUAAGGAUAGAUUUACUUUUAUCCAAUCGAGCGAAUCCGAAUGAAAAAGAAAAUACAUGCAUCGGUUAUAUUACUAGGGAACAUGUUAUAUGGCAGAAUGAGUCUUUCCUAAUCUCUCCUAAGUAUCGAAUGUGAAGGCAUUAUGUUAAUCUACUGGUAGAUCAGGUGGGGCUUCGAGUUCAUCAGGAAGAAGAAUCCAACACGUUGCCUCAUUUGAAGACGUCAAGGUAUCUAAUUCUCCCUAGCUACUCUCUUUCAUUAUAUCUGGCCAGGGAGUAACUUUUAAAGAAUAUGUUCUACUGACCAGUUCUUAUGCCUUGUUCGUCAUGUUUAUAGGUAUCUUCUUAUGACCGAUUAGAUAGAGAACACUAAGCUUAACAAAAAAAGGAAAAAGAAGAAGAAAAACAAAAAGCAUAAGGCCUCACACUUUUUUUUCUCUUAUCUCAUCUUUCUACUUGCUUUUUCGUUUUCCCCCACAUGAUUUUAUAGUCUUUUAACGUUACUUUCUGGAUUCCGUUGGAAAACUUUUUUGAAAGCAACAUAUCACAGUCGAUGAAGAUGCCAAGUUGAAAAGACCCAACAAGAAGUUGAAGGUUUAGUGUCCAUUAUUGCUUUACGUUGCUUAGUUGCGUCUUUAAACAAAGUCAAUCACCAGUGUGUGUAUGAUCCAAUCGAUCGGUUUGUCUUACUGUUUUAUCUAAGAUUAGGGUCAUGACUCUUGAGUUUAUUUUUUUAUCGGGUUUUAUUUGGUGUAAAACUGAGACUGGAGUUGUUUGUGGUUUUAGAACAUAUAGCUUCAUGAAUCCGACAUUUGUAGUUUCAUUGAAAAUUUAUUGAUUUUGUUUUUAGCCUUUUAGAUAAUGACUAUGAAACCGUUCCAGUUCGUAAUGAUCUGUAUCAGUUCAUUGCCGGACAGUAUACAUAACGGUGCUCAUGUGUAUAGCCGUUUGUACCACUUCCAGGGAACCAGAAGAGACACAAUAAUAUAGAACAGGUUAAAAGUAAAUAAUUUAUUUGAUUUUCUUAGAUUUUGAUCAUAUGUAUUGUCUACAUCUGAUAGAUGAGGAUACCAAUGCUGUGGUCCAAAAGAUUUUUGGGAGAAUAACACAAUCUCCAAAGGCUGCUCACAUGUGGCCAAUGCCUCUCCAAGUCAAACCUUCGAAUUCUAAUUUUGAUUAAUCAGAGGUUUAUAUUUCUCAUGCUCCUCAUGAAAGCAUGUUUAUAAGUUAUAGUGCCUUCACUUGAUUUAUUGAUUUUCACUCUUUGGGAGUGAGUGGCUCGAAUAAUCUUUUAUACAGUGUCACCUUUUUAAGUGUUCCGAACAUAACCCACGCAAUGCAACCUCACAGUUCCUUUUACGCGGCUUAACUUUCACGCGCUUCAAUUAUUUCAAGACGACCAAAACAAAAACGACAAUAAAAUUAGGUGAUAAUAUUCGAUAUGCCCAAGAUUCAUCCAACUUGUGCAACUUGUCGCCUAGUAUGGUUUUGUAGUCGGGAGACAUAUCAUUCAUGUACAGUUUACAACUUUACAUGCAUCAAUUCUUAAAUAAAUGUAUAUUGCAUCGUUUGCUGAACUAUUUCUAAAGGUAUAUGCCAAAAUCUUAUAUUUGCACAUCAAUUUCUAAGUAGCCAUCAACUAAAAUUCAUUAUUUGUGACUUCUCCACAUACAAAAAAAUGCUAAAUCCAAACUCGCGCUAUUCCAAUGACAGGUGAAAAAAAACAACAAAACUUGAAUGCGUUUUGACAAAACUAACUUAUACUAUGAUGAUCUUGUUGUAAUCGAUCAUCCAAAGCAUUAAAUGGUACGAUCCAUUGAAAUAUUUGAAGUGGUACUACUAGUCUACUAUAUGCUUUGUAGUGCGAAGUGACUUUUACGUUUGGUGUUGGGUGCGAUUCACACUCUUUGCGUGAGCGUGCAUGGAAAUUAUUUCCAUAUUCUUCCUUCUCACUACGUGACAUAUUUUUUGUUUCAAGCCUAUAUGUUUUAUAUAGUUAUCAUUUGUAUUUUUAGGUUUCCCUCUAGACAAUUAAUCUUAAACAUUACAUAUGUAACUGUUACAAAACAAUUCCUGAUUUAUAUAAAGACAGACUCAACACUCAACAGAGUCAACUAGCAAAAAAAUCUGUGUAGAAAAAUACAUCAAACCUAGAAUAUAAGGAUAGCAUAAUAUAUUCAUAAAUAAUAUAUCAAAUUUAAGAAUAUUCGAUAAAAGUGGAAUGAAAUAGAAAAGAUUAGCAUGUUUCCUGCACAAAUAGAAAAAUUUAAUUUAGAUACGUCGGAGUCAACAUUACCACAAAAUUAGUGACUAAUCACUAAUCAGUUUUCUCCAUAGAUAAGAUUAAAAAGUGAUUGGCAGACCAGGAGGAGAUGUAAUGGUUGGUUGAGGAAACAAAAAACGUUAACAUCAGUCAAUAAAUAACACAUGAGUUACUGUUUUUUUUUUUUUCCUUUUCUCACGCAUGGAUUGAUUUUGACAUAGAAUUUGUCUUGUUGCUAUAUUUGCAACUUGUACCGACAGUGUUUAUUUUCUUUGACUUUUUUUUCCUAACCAUUACAAUUUCUAAACAAUAUUUUCCAUUUUCAAAAUAAUAUAUAAAAAUAAAUAUUGAAUUUGUAGGAAAAAUCAGUAACAUAUUCUAUAAAAAAAAUAUUUUAUUGAAUUUGGUGUAAUGUAUAAAACAACGAAAAGAAGAAAAAUAAAAGUUGAUGAAAUUAAAAAAAAAAGUAAAAAGGAAAGAGAGAGAAGUGAUUGAUUGUAUGUUUGGCGCGUAUAUUAACCACCACCGGCAAAACACCCACAAAAGAGGCGAUCACGCUUAAAGAACCGAUCAACACUACACCUAUCCCUUCAGCUAGACAUUACCAAAAAAAUUCUUUGAGCAAAGAGAUCAAGCGACUGAUGAGAGUGUUGUGAAGACAUAACCAAACCACGAUCUGUACUUUUUUGUCUCUUUCUCCAAAUAAGAACAAAUAAAAACAAAAUUUCCUUCCGGACACUCCCAUUUGAUCGGAGAUCAACAUUGCUUGGUUCUCUUUCACCAGAGGAAAGAAACAAUGGAACCCGGUGAAGAAGGAUCGCGGUCGGAUCCAGGAAACGAAACCGGCAUUGAAGUUGUAGCUUCGAUGUCGCGGUUAGGGUUGCGAGGCGGGGGAAAUGAAUCGUACCCGGAGAGACCCGAUGAGCCAGAUUGUGUCUAUUACUUACGAACCGGUGUUUGCGGGUACGGGUCUAGAUGUCAGUUCAAUCACCCACCAAACCGUCCUCCGGUCUUGGGAGGUCUCAGAGCAGAAGCUGGAGAGUUCCCAGAGAGAAUGGAACAACCCGUGUGUCAGCAUUUUAUGAGAACGGGAGAAUGUAAGUUUGGUGCUUCUUGCAAGUAUCACCAUCCUAGACAAGGAGGAGGAGGAGGAGAUUCUGUUACUAGUCCUAUCUCAUUUAAUCACAUGGGAUUCCCAUUACGUCCGGGUGAGAAAGAAUGUCCCUAUUACAUGAGAACCGGCCAGUGUAAAUUUGGUUCCACCUGUAAAUUUCACCAUCCUGUUCCUCCUGGUGAUCAAGUUCCAUCGCAGCAGCAGUUAUCAACUGGUCCAGCUAUUUAUCCACCGCUUCAGCCUCAGCCAUCGCAGCAAUUCGGAGUAGUUGUACCAAGACCUCAGAUUUUGCCAGGCUCAUAUGUUCAAAGCCCUUACGGUACUUACAGCCAAAUGGUUCUUCCUCCCGGCAUGGUUUCAUACUCUGGCUGGAACCCUUACCAGCCUUCUGUGAGUGCAAUACCUUCUCCUGGGACACAACCGUCUAUGGGACCAAGCUCUGUUUAUGGAACUACACCGUUAUCUCCUUCAGCGCCUGCUUAUCAAUCUGGUCCAUCUUCAAACAAGGAACACUCUUUUCCUCAGCAACCUGGACAACCUGAGUGUACCUACUUUAUGAAAACAGGAGAUUGUAAGUUCGGAACCUCUUGCAGAUACCAUCAUCCUAUGGAAGCAGCAUCGCCCAAGGGAGUUGCUCUCAGCAAUAUCGGCCUCCCACUUCGUCCUGGCACGGCACCAUGCAGCCACUUUGCGCAACAUAAAAUUUGCAAGCUUGGGCCUGCAUGCAAAUUUGACCACUCCAUGACCUCUUCUUUGAAUGACCAAGGCACAGAGCUUCACUCUUCGAGCUCCAUUAAACCCACAACCACAACUAGUGGUGGUGGCUCAGAAACUACUGGUGCUGCUGGAGUCUCUUCGUCUUCUUCUAUGACCGUUGGUGUAAGCCAUUCCGAGCGUACUGAGAGCAAAGAUGGUGACUCAGUUAGCAUUGAGGUUAAGACUUCAAGUUAAAAGAGACAAAACUCAAAAGGAGAGAAGAGAACCUCACUCUACUCUUCUAAGAAUUUGCCUCUCUAUCUCUCUUCUUCUUUUUUUCAUCAAACUUUCAUGAACUCAUGAACAUUUAAAGAUUAUUUUUUUUGGGUGGAGAGACAACAACAAGAAGCAAAAGCAGAGAGAGACGAAAGCAGCUCUAGUUUUUUUU